AUGCAGUAUAGUACAAAUUUGAAAGUUGGUCAAAUCAUAAAUAGGCAUAUUAUGGAUGGAGACAUUGUUUUCAGUAAUAGGCCACCUAGUACUCAUAAACAUUCAUUACAAGCAUUUUCUGUCUAUAUGCAUGACGACCAUACUAUUAAGAUCAAUCCUCUUAUUUGUGCUCCCCUAAGUGCGGAUUUUGAUGGGGAUUGUGUUCAUAUAUUUUAUCCACAGUCUCUAGCAGCAAAGGUAGAAGUUUUGGAGCUGUUUAGUGUUGAAAAGCAAAUCCGUAGUUCUCAUAGUGGUAGUCUGAAUUUACAACUGGUGCAUGAUUCUUUGUUGUCACUUAAACUCAUGUUUAGGACUUUUUUCUUGAACAAAGCGACUGCACAACAAUUGGCUAUGUGUGUUUCACCAGUUUUACCAGAACCUGCUUUGCUUAAGGCUCACCGUACAGGUCCUCUGUGGACUAUUUUACAAAUAGUACAGAGUGCUUUACUUGCAUUUUUUGCCUGCUUUGGGGAGAGGCAUUUGAUCAGUAAAAGUGAAAUGCCAUUGCUGAUGGAGAUUCUCUUUUUAGAAGGAUAUAGUGUUGGCUUGAAUGAUUUUGACAUUCCCAAGGCUGUUACUGAAGAUAUAAAGAAGAAGAUUCAGGACAUAUCACUUUUGCUACUUCACUUGAGAUCAAAUUACAAUGAACUUGUAGAGUUGCAAGUGGAAAGCUACUUGAAAACUGUAAAACUGCCUAUCAUGACUCAUAUUCUAAAGUUAUCUGCUUUGGGUAAUUUGAUAGAUUCUAAAAAUGUUUCAGCUAUUAGUAAGGUUGUUCAACAACUUGGCUUUUUGGGGCUUCAACUUUAUGACCGAGGGAAGUUUUAUUUAAGGCUUUUGGUUGAGGAUAUGAGUUUCCACUUCCAAAAUAAGUAUUCUGUUAAUGGUGUUGACUAUCCUUCUGAGGCAUUUGGGUUAUUUAAGAGCUCCUUUUUUCAAGGUUUGACCCCUUACGAAGAGUUGGUCCAUUCCAUAUCAUCCAAGGAAGUGUUGAUCCGUUCUUCCAGAGGACUUACUGAACCAGGAACUUUGUUUAAAAAUCUAAUGGCCACACUUAGAGAUGUCGUUAUCUGUUAUGAUGGGACAGUGAGAAACCUCUGCAGCAAUUCUAUAAUUCAAUUUGAGUAUGGACAGGUGGACGAAAAUAGUCCUGGAAGUUCUCUUGCUGGUGAACCGGUUGGUGUAUUAACUGCUACUGCAGUAUCAAAUCCUGCAUAUAAAGUAGUUCUUGAUUCUUCUCAGAGCAACAACUCUUCAUGGGAAUCGAUGAAGGAAAUACUUUUGUGUAAAGUUAACUUCAAGAAUGAUAUUAUUGAUCGGAGAGUUAUUCUAUAUUUGAAUGAGUGCUUCUGUGGGAAAAUGCAUUGCAAGGAGAAUGCAGCAUAUUUAGUUCAGAAUCGUUUGAAAAAAGUCACUUUAAAGGAUGUUUCUUUUGACUUCUCAAUUGAAUACCAAAGGCAUCGACAAAUACCUGAAAGUUCAAAAGCGGAUACAAGCCUUAUUGGCCAUAUUCACCUUGAUAAGAUGCGCUUAAAAAGACUUGACCGGAGCAUGGAUGAGAUCCUGCACUCUUGUCAAGAGGUUAUAAAUUGCUUUGGGAGAAAGAAGCACGCUCUUUCACCUUUUUUUAAGAAGAUUUAUUUGUCUUUCUGCGAAUGUUGCACACUUCAGCAACAAUGUGAUGAGAAGUGGUCUCAGCUGCCAUGCCUGCAAUUCUUCUACAAAGAUGGAGAUGGUGGUCCGCAGGGUGAGCAGGGUGAUACGAUUGAGAAAACUUUGCAGAUCAUGGCUGAAGUUAUCUGCCCAAUUUUGUUGGGGACUCUGGUUAAUGGUGAUCCUCGAGUGCAUAUGGCCAACAUUAUUUGGAUUGGUUCAGAUUCGACAACUUAGGUGAGAAAUGAUGGGAAGUUGCGAAAGGGUGAGGUAGCUGUUGAGGUGGUCAUUGAGAAAGAUGUGGCCAAAAAAAGCAGUGAUGCUUGGAGGGUAGCCAUGGAUUCAUGCCUACCUGUGAUGCACUUAAUUGACAUGAGGAGAUCUAUACCAUAUGGUGUUCAACAAAUUCAAAAAUUGCUCGAAAUUUUAGGUGCUUUUAGUCAGUCAGUUCAGCGACUGUCAACAUCUAUAAAAAUGGUUGCAAAUGGCGUGCUAAAAGAACAUCUGAUGCUUGUGCCAAAUAACCUGACAUGCAUUGGAAAUCUUAUUGGUUUCAAUAUUGCUG